AUGAAUAGUCUUGAAAAUUCUCAAAUAUCAAAACAAAUACCACGAAAUAUAAUUAUUAAAAAAACAAAUGAUGGUUUUGGUUUUAAUGUACGUGGUCAAAUAUUUGAAGGUGGUCAAGUAAAAGCUAUUCAUGGUACACUUUAUGGACCAUUACAACAAAUAUCAGCUGUAUCAAGUCAAAGUUCAGCUGAAAAAGCUGGUCUACAUAUUGGAGAUAAAAUUCUUCAAGUAAAUGGUGUUGAUGUUGAAGGUGCAUCACAUAAACAAGUUGUCGAUUUAAUUAAAAAUUGUAAUGAUGACCUUCAUCUUAUUGUUAUUGCUUCAGCUAGUAAUGAAAGACAUUAUGAUACAUAUUCAACUGAAGAAUCAAGUGAAAGUUCAAUUGAUUAUACAGAUCGACGAUCAUUAGCAAUUUCAAUACCUGAUUAUAGUUUAUUAGAAACUAAUGAUGAAAAAUUUUAUGUAUUUAAUAUUCAUAUUGCUGGUCGUCAUUUAUGUUCUCGACGUUAUCGAGAAUUUGCUUCAUUACAUCAACAAUUAAAACAUGAAUUUCCAGAUUUUCCAUUUAAUCGUUUACCAAAAAAAUGGCCAUUUAAAUUAUCUGAUCAACAAUUAGAUGCACGACGACGUGGUCUUGAACAAUAUCUUGAUAAAAUUUGUUCAGUUCGUGUUAUUAGUGAUUGUGAUUUAGUACAAGAAUUUCUAUCGGCUGAUAUUUAUCAAGAUGAUUCAAUUUCGAUUGAUGUUGAAAUUAAAAUAAAAUUACCUGAUCGAUCAAUAAAGAUGAUUAAAAUAAAACGUUCAUCUACGGCUGAUCAAGUCUAUGAAAUGAUCGUAGAAAAGAUUGGUUUAUCAGAACAAUGUAUACCAAAUUUUUAUCUUUUUGAAAUUGUUGAUUAUACUUUUGAACGAAAACUUCAUUCCGAUGAAUAUCCACAUCAAAUUUAUAUACAAAAUUGUUGUACAGCUACUGCAACUUGUUUAUGUUUACAUAAAUUUAUUUUUUCACCAAUUUUAGAAAAUCAACUAUUAAAAUAUCCAUUGGCACGUCAUUAUCUUUAUCGAGAGGCGAUUGAUCAAUUAAGUCGUUUAGAAAAUUUAACAAUCGAUCAACGAUCAGCAUUAAAAACAUUUAAUGAAAUUGAAUAUAUAAAAUAUGCGCAAACAUUUACUGAUAUUUAUAAUACAAUAACAUUUCCUUUAUGUCCAUGUAAUUCACGUAAAAAUAAUGGUUGUGUUAUAGUAUCUUUAAAUUCUACACGUCUUCGUUUACAUGCUUGUUCUGAUAAUGGAAAAUUAGAAGAAAAUCAAAUAGCAGAUUUUGAUUGGAUAAUUAUUGAACGAUAUUAUCUUGAAGAUCAAUAUUUUAUAUUUGAAUAUAAACGUUCAACAAUGAAAAUAGCAAAAUCAAUUAAAUUACAAACAUUAUUUGGACAAUUUAUGUAUGAUUGUUUUGAAUGUAUUCUUCGUGAAUUACAAUUGAUGAAUAAUAUGAACAAACCAGAUGAAUAA